AUGAGUCCUUUGGAUUGGUCCGGGUCGUUUAUCUCUGCUGUUAGAGUAAUUGAAGAUGGAUUAAAGAUGGAUGCAACAUCCAUUUACAAAUUCGUACAAAGUUUGUAUCCAGAGAAUCCAAUUUACGUUUACGGGCAUUCAUUGGGAGGUGCGGUGGCAUUAUACUUAGCAUCGCAUCCACAAAUUCAAUUCGAUAUCAAAGGUGCAAUUAUUGAAAAUACAACACGUCGAUCAAAGAUAUGGUGA